AUGAAGAAGUAUUCAGAUCAUUUAGUGGAAGAGGAGGAAGGAGAAGCAGCGGACGUGGAACUCAAAAUAAAGGAGGUGGCAGAUGAGGAGGAGGAGCAGGAGGUGUUGCAGGAGAAGCAGGAGGUUGAGGAGGAGCAAGAGGAACAUGAGGUGCAGGAGGUGAAGGAAGUGGAUGAGGAGCAAGAGGUGCAGGAGGAGGAGCAGGAGGUGUUGCAGGAGAAGCAGGAGGUUGAGGAGGAGCAAGAGGAACAUGAGGUGCAGGAGGUGAAGGAAGUGGAUGAGGAGCAAGAGGUGCAGGAGGAGGAGCAGGAGGUGUUGCAGGAGAAGCAGGAGGUUGAGGAGGAGCAAGAGGAACAUGAGGUGCAGGAGGUGAAGGAAGUGGAUGAGGAGCAAGAGGUGCAGGAGGAGGAGCAGGAGGUGUUGCAGGAGAAGCAGGAGGUUGAGGAGGAGCAAGAGGAACAUGAGGUGCAGGAGGUGAAGGAAGUGGAUGAGGAGCAAGAGGUGCAGGAGGAGGAGCAGGAGGUGUUGCAGGAGAAGCAGGAGGUUGAGGAGGAGCAAGAGGAACAUGAGGUGCAGGAGGUGAAGGAAGUGGAUGAGGAGCAAGAGGUGCAGGAGGAGGAGCAGGAGGUGUUGCAGGAGAAGCAGGAGGUUGAGGAGGAGCAAGAGGAACAUGAGGUGCAGGAGGUGAAGGAAGUGGAUGAGGAGCAAGAGGUGCAGGAGGAGGAGCAGGAGGUGUUGCAGGAGAAGCAGGAGGUUGAGGAGGAGCAAGAGGAACAUGAGGUGCAGGAGGUGAAGGAAGUGGAUGAGGAGCAAGAGGUGCAGGAGGAGGAGCAGGAGGUGGAGCAGGAGCAGGAGGAACAUGAGAUGCAGGAGGUGGAGGAGGAGCAGGAGGAGGAGCAGGAGGAGGAGCAGGAGCAGGAGGAACAUGAGAUGCAGGAGGUGGAGGAGGAGCAGGAGGAACAUGAGGUGCAGGAGGUGGAGGAGGAGCAGGAGGUGGGGCAGGUGGAGGAAGUGGAGGAGAUGGAGGAGGAGGAGCAGGAGGUGCAGGAGCAGGAAGUGGAGCAGGAGAUGCAGAAGGUGGAGGAGGAGGAACAUGAGCUGCAGGUGGGUCAAAGGUCAGCUGUCUCUGAACAGGCCCCAAAGCCGUUUUUGGGACAGGAGGCAGCGGUGCUACCUGCGGAGAUGCCUCCAUCAUGA